GUCACCCCUGAGCCGGGGUUCGAUGUCGAUACACCUUGCGGCUCAAUUCCCUAGUACAUAGUAGGUGAUAGAUGGGACGAUACAACCGCCAAGUCCCGUAGGUUACUCGGAUCCUCGUGAUAGCUGCAAGUCGAGGUCUCUUCAAGAUGCUUAUGUUCUCGGUCUUCAAGACGCUCACAGAGCAAGUAGUAACGGUGGAAUUGAAGAACGAUCUGUGUAUCAUGGGAACGUUGAAGUCGGUAGAUCAGUUCCUGAACAUCCGACUGGAUAACAUCAAGGUCUCGGACCCCGAGCGAUUUCCUCACAUGAUGGCCAUCAAGAACUGUUUCAUCCGAGGGUCCGUGGUACGAUACGUUCAGAUGCCAACAGGAGCGGUAGAUACGCAGUUGUUGGAGGAUGCUACGCGUAGAGAAGCGAAAGAUAACAAAAAGUAGAGAGACCUACCGGGGACAAGCAGGACAUAGAAAUUGGGAUCAUCGAUUUUGGCAGCCACUAAGCCGCGACAUGGCUGCGAAUCGUCUCUAUACACAGAGAGACUUAUCCGAUUGUAUAAUAUACCUCGUACACUACACUAUGCGAUUCAAAUAGCUAAUAGUGUAUGGAGCAUUUACGAGCAUUGGGAACCUUCCGUUGUUCUCGAACGAUCUCCGACCUCUUUGUCGCUUCGGUCGUUGCCGAUCGUGAUCACGCGGGUCAUCAAAAUCUGUGUUGACCGUCGUGGUAUAUAUAGGGGUAGCCCAUUC